AUGGAGCCGGGCCACGUCCAGGAAGCAUCUCGGCAGCCGGCAACAGAGCCCGGCCACUCCCAGCAAGCUUCUCCGCAGCCGGCAAUGGGUCCCGGCCACGUCCAGCCUGGGCCCCCGCCGCCGGCAAUGGAUCCCGGCCACGUCCAGCCUCGGCCCCCGCCGCCGGCAAUGGAUCUGGACGACAUCCAGCCUGGGCCCCCGCAGCGAUGGGAGUACAGCCUGCGCAAGUACCUCCUGCUGCUGGCCACCCUGGUGGUCACCGUCACGUACGCGGCCGGCUUCAACCCGCCGGGAGGCAUCUGGCAGGAGGCGCACGACGGCCAGCCAGCCGGCGACCCCAUCAUCCGCUACACCUACUACCACCGCUACCUCGCCUUCUUCUACUGCAACGCCACCGCCUUCGCCGCCUCGCUCGUGGUCAUCGUCCUCAUCCUCAUCCUCGCCAUCCGGCACGACAAGGACGAGAAGGAUACCCUCUGGGUCGUCGUGCCCCUGCGGGUCUUCAUGAUGCUGGACCUCCUCAGCCUCAUGGGCGCGUACGGCGCCGGCACCUGCCAGAACAAGGUCUCCACCAUCUACUACGCCGUGCUGGUGGCCGGCGUCUUGCUCUACGUCGCCGUUCUCAAGUUGGCGGACAGGUGCUGGAAGAUGCCGGCCACCAAUCUCGACUCCGGUACCGGCGGGAUUGUCGCCUCCGUCUCCGACUCUGACCUCGAGGUGGAGGCCAAAGAAAAACAGGCCCGGGAGAAGAAAGCCGAAGAAAGGCUCUGCAAGGUCCUGAUGCUUCUCGCGAUUUUCGCCGUGAGCAUCACGUACGUCGCCGGGCUGAACACGCCGGGCGGCUUCUGGGACAGCACCGGGGGCAGCCACCACCUGGGCGACGCGAUUCUCAAGGACCACCACAUCAUACGCCUGACGGUGUUCUUAUUCUGCAACACCAUGGCGUUCGUGGCGUCCCUCUUCAUCACCAUGCUGCUCAUCAUCGACGGCAAGAAUCUCCACAAGAAGAAGGCCCGGUCUCGCAUGCUCUACGGGUGCAUCGUCGUCGCGCUGGUCGGCCUCGUCAGCGCAUACGCCGCAGGCAGCUGCAGGGAGACCGACACCACCGUCUACGUGGUCUCCCUGGUUGGCGCCGUUGUGGCAUACAUCCUCCUCCAUCGCUUCUGCAGUUCAGCAUCAAAAUUAUUUUCUAGUUGUUUCAGUCCAGCCCAACAACAUGAUGAAAAUGAGGAUAAUGCCAGUGCUAGGGAGGCUCUGGACAAGGCUCGUUCUCUUGUUCUACUGCUGGCCACUCUUGCCGCCGCCAUCACCUACGCAGCCGGGUUGGACCCGCCGGGUGGUCUUUGGCAGGAUAACAGCAACGGGCACAUGGCCGGCGACCCGAUUCUCCUCACAAUAAACAUUGCAAGGUACAGGGUCUUCUACUACUGCAACUCGGUUGCGUUUGUGGCCUCCUUGGUGGCCAUCGUCCUUGUCCAGAAGGAGAAGCUGGUCAAGCACCACGCGCUGGAGGCAGCCAUGAUACUCGUCCUGUUUGGCCUCAUCGGUGCGUAUGCCGCUGGGAGCUGUCGGGACGUGAAUAAAUCCAUUUACGCCAUGGCUUUAGCAGGCGCUGUCCUGAUCUAUGUGGUGAUCCAUAUUGUCUUCUUCACGCUGGACGACAAGGACAAGAAAGACAAUGCUAAAGAAGAUCUGUUGCUGGAGAAGAGGCGCAAACGGUUGCUCCUCUUCGCAAUCUUGGCAGCGACCAUCACAUACCAAGCCGGCCUCACCCCUCCCGGCGGCUUCCUGCUCCAGGACGACAAGCUCGGGCGGCACCAUGCCGGCGACCCUGUCCUCUUGGACAACUACCCACGCCGCUACAAUGCCUUCUUCUACUGCAACUCCAUAAGCUUCAUGUUGUCCAUCGCCCUCAUCAUCCUCCUGGUGAACCCCAAUCUGUACAGGCCAGCCAUACGAAGCAAUGCGCUAUCUGUUUGUACAGCGGUGGGCUUGCUUUGUUUGAUGGGAGCCUACGCCGCCGGAAGCACGCAACACCUCAAGACAUCCAUCUACAUCAUUGUGUUGGCAGUCGUGGUCCUCCUCGUUGCAGCCGGACUGCUGCUAGUAUUUUUGCUGAAGAGACAUGGCAAUUCCAAAAAAAGUCCGCCCUCCGCAGCCAUUAAACAGAAGGGUGAAAAGGGAGAAAGGAAGAAGCAUGCAAGGCGCAAGUACCUAAUGCUGCUAGGCAUCUUGGUGGCGAGCGUAGCCUACCAGGCCGGCCUGAAACCGCCGGGCGGAACAUGGCAGAGCGGCGACAGCGGGUACGAGGCAGGCAAUCCGGUGAUGCACGACAACAGGAGGCCCCGGUACCUCAUCUUCUUCUACAGCAACUCCAUCUCCUUUGUGGCUUCCAUCGUUGUCAUCAUCAUGUUGCUGCCGCAAUGGCUGCGAAAGGAGCAGCAAGGAGAAUGGGAGAAAUGGUCGCUGAGGGUGAUGAACUGGACAAUCAGACUGGAUUUAUUUGCUCUCCUAGGGGCCUAUGCAGCCGGGUCCAACAGGGGGUGGAAGACGUCCAUGUAUGUCGUCGCGCUCAUCAUUGUCGUGCUGGGAUACUUUGUAAUCCACAUGAAGAUUUCAACAUGUCUUGAACGUCGCCGUAAGAAGCGCGAUGCCGAAGCCGCCAUGGGAAUCAUAUGA